AUGGGCGGCGGACGUGCGCAGGACUACGGCAUCGGGGUGACCCGCGACGAGGCCACGGCGUGGGUGAACUCGAACGUGCUGGUGAUCCCGAUGGUGGAGGAUGUGGAGGCCGUGGGGAACCUGGAUGACAUCCUGGCGGUUUCCGGAGCGGACGUGCUGCACGUCGCUGCGUCGGACCUGGGCCAGAGCAUGGGCAACCCGGGCGUCGCCGAGGUGCGGCGGGUGAUGAGCGAGGUGGUCCCGCGGGUACGGGCUGGUGGGAAGGGCGUCGGGGUGGGCGGCAACAACCCCGCCGACACGGCCGGCGUCGCCGAGUUCAUCAAGCUGGGUGCGAACUUCGUGACGGUAUCGGGCUGGGGCCUGCUGCGGAUCGGCGCCGAGGACUUCCUUAAAAACGUGAACGCCGCCCUGUAA